CAAAUGUGUCAACAGAAGAUGUGUCUUUUUUAUGAUGGCGUAUUCGCAUGAAAAGUCGAAUCGUGCAAUUUAUUCGGAAGGAAUAUGGAUGACUUGGACGAACAACUGAAGCAGUUGAAUUUAAUAAAUGGCCGCCUAUCCUUAUCUGUUGCUAAUAAAGAUUCCUCGCUAGAUGGACAUCAUGUUGGUGUCGCUAAAUUGGUCAACAACAUCGAAGAGAGAAAUAAUCCACAGUUUAAUAACACUUCCAACAAGAAGGUGGGCCAACCACCACUAGUUCCACCGAAGCCGCUUAAAAAGGUACACAAUUUUUCGGAGAACCAAGGUGCUGGUGUUUAUGAAUCGUCUUCAGAUGCAGGAGUAUUUCCAAAACCUCUUUUGCUGCGCAAGCAAUCAUCAACUUCUUCCAUAAUGACCGGAUCUGGGGUGUCUCCACUCAUUUCAUCCUCUAAGGUCACUUUGGACAAUCCGGCUAUAUUGGAGCAGCAACUGGAAGCAUUAGAACAUCACAAGAAACAAUUGGAGAAGCGCGGUAAGAUGAACAGCCACAAGGAUUCGAAUGCAGUGCCAAAAUCAAAACUAUCGACUAUUCCUAAGUUGUCGUCCACAUCAUUAUUGACGGAUGUGAGUAUUAAGCCUCAACUUUCGUUGGACAACGCGUCUGCUACUUACGCUAAUAUGAGGCGAUCUCCAUCUUUAACGUCUCCUGUAAUGGGUGGUAACAGCUUUAAAAAUAACGUAUACAGUAACCUAAAUAGUAUUUAUUCUAAUGUUCAGCCAGUAUCGCCAUCACAGCCACUGCCACUGCCAGACUCGGGAGAUGGUAGUAUCUAUUAUGCGCACAAUAUGGCUAUGUUGCCAGAAGAUGAAAUACCACCACCACCUAGUCCUGUAAGCUCUUCAUACAGCGAAUUAAGACGUGCAACAGAAGUUUUUAAAACAAAUAAUACAACUCACAAACCAAUUGCAGCUGCAAGUGAUCAAAUUUGCGUAGCUAAACCGGUAAGCGGUUAUGGUUUGCCACUGGAUCAUAAAGCGCAUCCACCCACUAAUGACUCCCGUCACAUGUAUAUCAACAAACCUUACAUGGCAAACAUUGGUUAUAACAAUUACAACAACAUGCAAGUGGCAAACUCAAACUCCAAUUCAGAUUUUUAUGGGUACGGAGGAUUCUCUCAAACAUCUUCAACAUAUGAAUCCAUAUACGAACCCAUUAAUCCUAGACCACCAAGUCAAAUGUCAAACCACUCCAAUAACGCAAUGUAUCCGACGAGUCUGAAAGGUAGCCUGACAGCAAUGCCGCCAUGUGGUAGCAUCUUGAGCAACAGCAAUAGCAGUAACUUGAGCAUGGCAAGCGAUAUUGAGUCAAAUACUUCCAUAUAUCCAAAGAACACAAGAGAUAGCGCUAGUGGAAUUUUAAAUAGCAUCCCAUCUACUCGCAAAGAGGACGAGGUGGAGGCACUCACCGAUUACUUGGUACAAUCCAUGGGUUCCCCACAGGAUUUGGAAAGUUAUGGCACAUGCUACAAGUGCAACGAACGAGUUGUGGGAGAGAAUUCUGGUUGUACAGCAAUGGACCAAAUCUAUCACAUAGCUUGCUUCACUUGUUCCCAAUGUGCGCUGAAUUUGCAAGGCAAGCCCUUUUAUACUUUGGAUGGCAAGCCCUACUGUGAAUACGACUACUUGCAAACCCUUGAGAAAUGUUCGGUAUGCAUGGCUCCUAUACUGGAGCGUAUACUGCGCGCUACUGGUAAGCCCUACCAUCCACAAUGUUUUACUUGUAUAGUGUGUAAGAAAAGUUUGGAUGGCAUUCCAUUCACUGUCGAUGCUACAAAUCAAAAUUAUUGCAUAGAAGAUUUCCAUAAGAAAUUCGCUCCAUGUUGCUGUGUGUGUAAGGAACCAAUUAUGCCCGAACCCGGAGAAACUGAGACAGUCCGUGUAGUUGCACUAGAUCGUAGUUUCCACUUCGAGUGCUAUAAAUGUGAGGACUGUGGUUUGUUACUAUCAUCAGAGGCUGAAGGUCGUGGUUGUUACCCAUUGGAUGAUCAUGUUUUAUGUAAAAGUUGCAACGCACAGCGAGUUCAAAUGCUUACCAAUUGCAUAGCAAAUACCACCGAGCUUUAAAAAAAAGAGAGUAACCAGCAGAUCCUAACUGAAACAUUCAUUAACAAUAUAACAUAACAUUCCAUACUAAAUUGAUAUAUAAAAUAUAUAAACGGCAACUAGAUGUUAAUUCGGUUGGGGGAGUUUCUUAUAUACAUUCAUAAACAUACUUACAUAGGGAGUUUGGUAUAUUUCUACUCUUCGACAUCUUCCAUCAUUCCAUUAAGGUAAAGUAAUUACAUACGUACAUACAUAUGUAAAACAUAAUGUGUCAUUUAAAAUAAUGUUAUACAAUUUGUAUUUUUCUAAUCACAUUUUUCGAUUUGAUACCAAAUAUAUUUGUAAUGCUUACAAAGUUCCCUCUCUAAAA